AUCUUUUUUUCACCAAAUGCGAUGGCUCCACCGUGCGCUGGUCUCUGGACUUCUGAAUGCCUUGAUUCUGCGGAGCGAGAGCCUGGAGGAUCUCAGUGGCGAUGGAGGGGUGCUGAAACGCUGCCUGCGCACGGGCACUGGCUCGACCUUGCCCGAAGGCGAAAGUGGCUCCGUUGUGCGAGCCACGGUGCGUGGCCCAAUUGCAGUUUCCCCCUCUGGAGAAGUGCUCGAUGAUCCAGGCAUCACUGAGAUCAUCCUGGGUCAAGGCCAGAUUUCCAGUGGCUUGGAUAUGGCCAUCGGCAGCAUGCGGGAGAAGGAAGAGGCGCUGAUCCGCUUGAGCGCCAGCUAUGCUCCGAAGAACAGGAUCUCGGAGGAUGUCACCGAUGUCACCUUUCAGCUGGAGCUUCUCAAGUUUGAUCUUGUCGAUGCGAGCUCUCUGCAUCGAGGAGCUCAACAGGCCAUCGAAGAUCUGGAAGAGACACCCAGCAAUGGGGGCGAUGCCGACAAAACGGUGAUGUUGGGAGGAGUGCCGGUCAAAAUGGACCACCUGGGCCCCGUGAUUCUGAACGACGACGGCUCCAUGCGGCGGAUUGCCAACUGGCGGGAGAUGACGGAGCAUGAGAGGCAGGUGGCCCUUCGCAGAAUUGGGCAGCGGAACCAAAGACGCUUAGCCAAGCUGACCGCGGACCUUUGA